AUGGUCAUCCUCGCUGCUUCCGUCUCCACGCGAGGCGGCAAGCCCGUCAUCAGCCGCCAGUUCCGCGACAUGCCAAGGUCAAGGAUCGAGGGUCUCCUCGCUUCGUUCCCCAAACUCAUCUCCGCAGGAUCGCAGCACACCUCGGUCGAGACAGACGCCGUGCGCUUCGUCUACCAACCCCUCGAAGACCUCUACAUGAUCCUCAUCACCAACAAGAACUCAAAUAUCCUCCAGGACAUCGACACCCUCCACCUCUUUGCCCGCGUCACCUCCGACAUCUGCAGAUCCCUCGACGAGUCCUCCGUGCUCAGAUACAGCUUCGAGCUCCUCGGCGCUUUCGACGAGAUCGUCUCGCUCGGCUACCGCGAGAACGUCAACCUCACCCAGGUCAGGUCCAUCCUCGAGAUGGAAUCGCACGAGGAAAAGAUCCAGGAGAUCAUCGAACGCAACAAGGAGAUGGAGGCCAAGGAGGAGCUCAAGCGCAGGGCAAAGCAGCUCGAGAUGCAGCGCAGGGAUGCGGCGCGUCGCGGUCAGAUGGGCGGCAACUCGGGCGGCUUCGCCAACUCCGGUGGCUUUGGCUCCGUCCAGCAGCGCUUCGAGCCCCCACCCACACAGGCCCCCGUACAGACCGGCUUCUCGUCCACCUCCACCCCAGCAGCCAAGCCCUUCAAGGGCAAGGGCAUGCAACUCGGCAAAAAGUCAAAGGGCGCUGAUCUCCUCGGCGCCAUGGGCGGCGACCUCGCCGCUGCCGCCGCCGCCGCAGACGAAGAGCUCACUGCUGCCGCCAACGCCGCUUCCGCCUCCCUCGCCGCCUCCACCCCCGCCAACCUCUCGGCGAGUCGUGCACCACCCGCACCCGCAGCCGUCGACCCGCUCGACCUUCUCGAUCCCGUCCACCAGGAGGCCGUCCACGCCAUCAUCAAGGAGCGCGUCUCCAUCUCGGGCAACCGCGACGGCGGCCUCGACUCGCUCGAAAUCAAGGGCGACCUCUUCCUCAAGAUCACCGACCCCUCCCUCGCCAAGAUCCGCCUCCAACUCGCUCCGCCAGAGGACGCCAACCUCGUGCUCUCCGCCGGCGACCUGCAGUUCAAGACCAACCCGCAGGUGGACAAGGCGGCGUGGGCCUCGGAUCGCGUCCUCGCACCGCGCGAUGCACGCAAGCCCUUCCCCGUCAACCAGUCGCUCGCCCUCCUCCGCUGGCGCAUGGUCACCAAGGACGAGACCGCCCUGCCGCUCUCCAUCAACUGCUGGCCCUCGCCCAACGGCGAAGGCGGCUGCGACGUGAGCAUCGAGUACGAGCUCGAAAACGAGCAGCUCGGCGAGCUGCGUAGCAUCAUCAUCGCCAUCCCACUGCCCGAGGGAAGCGUUCCUUCGGUCGAAUGCCCCGAGGGCUCGUGGGCCGUCAACGAGGACACCAACAACCUCGAGUGGAGCCUCGACUCCAUCUCCUCCGCCAACAAGUCGGGCAGCCUCGAGUUUUCGGUCACUUCGGGCGCAGAAAACGUCGACGUCUUCUUCCCCGUCGUCGUCGACUUUGUCUGUGAGAAGACGCUCUCCAGCGUGUCGGUGGCCGACGUCGUCCUGGCCGACACCAGCGCCGCCACCACCUUCUCCCAGCAGUCCGUGCUUAGCGCAGAGACCUACGUCAUCAACUGA